UUUUUCCCUUUAAACACAAGCCGCAGGGAUGCGGAGGCCUCCUUGAGGAUGCUGAUGAGUCGUUGAGGGAACUUGCCCGAGGGAUUGUGGAAAGCUGCCCUCGGUGCUUGGAGCUCGGGUUCCUAAACCCAAAGGUGCCGUGUGACUAUGUGUGUCCGGAUAGCUUUAAGGAUGUCCCAUAAGCGUUAGAUGGCAGCCCAGUCCUAAUUGCUGCUGAAUUCCCGGUGCGGGAUGGGACCCCAGGGACCUCCGGGACUUUGGCUACAGGGGCUGAGUGGGGGCAGAGAGAAUUUUCUUCAGGACCCUCAUUACAGAACUUAAAAAGGCCUCUCAGGGUUUCCUUCGGGGGCAAACACGGUUACGUUGGAGUACGUGUGUUAUACCUUGUGUUGGCAGUGGGGUUAUCACAAAGAAUUACUGGAAACCCGAGUGCCCGCAGGGUGCUGGUGCUGCCAGCAAGUGGAUUAACGACAGGCGGGGGCAACGGCGCAGGGUUCGCGCGGGUCUAAUUCGCGUCUUAAAUCAAGGAGACAGCUCCGAAUAAAAUGCAUUUAUUCAUUUAUGCCUCAGACUUUAUCACUGAAGUGUGGCGAAGAAAAAGCCCCUAACAAGUAAACUUCAGGGAAGAAAUUGAAAUGCAUGCAAACGCAGAUGUUGCUUUGGGAGAGGUUUCUUGAAAGUUACCUUCUUCUAAAAAUAAAUGUGAGAAUAUGUAAACGACUUGCAGCUUGCACAACUCAACAAACUGUGAAGAUUAUCAGCUGGACCGUGAGAAAAAUUGACUUUCUGCAAUAGUAAUUAAAAAGUAAAAUGUGAAGGCCAAAAGAAAUGAGACUUGGGAACGGGAUGAACGUUUGGUUUCCUCCCUGCUGUCUGAGGAGCACAGCGGUGCGGGAAGCUGCGAGUUUACGGUCAGUACUGAGCCCCGAUAUCCGAGGUGACCGGCAGGGGCUGCGUGUGCCCCAGGAAGAAGAGCGUUCACAAAAGCAGCUUGCAAGCUUCUGGCUUUUUACUUUUUAAGUGCUAAUUAGAAAAUUAAGAACAUCCAACUCCCACACAUCCAUUUGUCAUGUUCUGCUUUGCCACAGUCAUUUCAAUAAAAGGUUUCACGAUUUCUCUGCGAUGCACAGUUCGGAACGCGCAUCUCCUAAACCGAAAUGCAUUAUUUCAUUAACAACACACAACUGUGAAUCAGGAAACACAGCAGAGUAGCGCACAGCGACUUGCUCGCAACCAGAAAUAUACCUUCCUGCAGCUGCGAUGGAACGGGGUGAUUUGCUUAGAAAAACCGGUAGAGUCAAUUUGUGUAGCUCAGUACCGAGGGUGGGAGCACCCAAGGGUGUGUUCCCAGAAGGGAACUUGUCCUCUUACCUUGAGAUGUGUCCGUGCGCUUGGGCGGUGACUGCAGCAGUGCCAUGGAAAGGGGUCGUCACCGGCGUUUCUCCAGUGAAUUACAGAUACAGAGAGCAAUGCGCAGUACAGGCUGUGUGAGAGGAGUUCAUCUCCAAUAGAGCCAGUUGUGGGGUAGAAGGACCGUCACUCGUCAGACACAGGCGGGCCCCGGGGGACCAGGACGAGGUCUCUGGAGCAGACACGGCCAGCGCUGUGGAAUGGUUUGGAGAGAGAGACAGGACAGAGAAGCCUGGCAAAGCCUGUCCAGAUGCUGUGCCCCGGUGACGGCAGAACCGGAGGGCAGAGGAGCCAGUGCCCCUUGUCAUCGGUGCCAGGAGUGCAAUGUCGCAGCACUAACCAGAGCAGAUACCCCCGAGCAUCUGCCGCCUCUGCUCCCCUCCCCAGGCGUCCCUUCCCCGACGCGGCGGCUCCGGGUGAGCACACAGCACAGCCGGAUGACCCCCCCGCGCUGAGCUGCGGGAGCGGGGACACGCUGCCUUUAUUGAAGUGCCAAACGAGUCUCGCUCCAUCACAAUGGGAUGUGACCGCUGCUCUCCAUGCAAUGGGACAGUUUUGUCACCUCUCCGCUCUCCUCUCUAAUAGCAAUAUCCUUCUGCUGCGUGCUAGAUAAUGUGAAUGUCUAUUCACAUUUUAGGUACAGCGCGAUGACUUGUGCUUGACAGAUCUCAUUAUGUCAUAGAUCAACCAGUCUAAAAUUUACAUAGGCUCGGAUUAAAAGCCAUUAGGCAAAGUCUUCCAGUCUGCGUGGUUUCAGGUAGGCAAACCCUUCUCCUUAUGUCUCUCUACUUUUUUUUAAUAGAAUCUAAUAACAGAAAAUUGCAGAAAUGUAACAAAAUGCAAUCAACAUAAUCAGAGUUGUCAAAACCUGUGCUUGGAAAUCAUAACCUGGAUUUCCACAAAGCAGAGGAGCCGCAGCUGGUCUGACAACAGCAUCCCAGUGGUUUUAGACCUUUAAAGCCAAUAUUCUUUCUCCUCCUGAAAUUUCAUUAUCCUUGAAGUGACACUCUCCUGUUUUUAAAGCCUGCCUUAGUAAUUGAAUACUGGCAUGGGCAUUGACACAAUGAACACACACCUAAUGCAAAUCCCUAACAGAUACUCACGUAGUUAAAUUUCUCCUCAAUUGUCCCCUCAUGAAGUUGUUCCUUUCCUCCCGUAUGGAGAGACAUUGUGCCGGAGAUCUGCAGAGUGAGUCUCCAGAGGGCACAUUGGAGCAGUCGAGACAAUCUGUGCCCAGCGAGCAAACCAUGUGUACGUGUGUCCUUGCAAAACCCGAGCAUAUGGUGAACAAUGGGUGCCUAAUGAGAGACACCUGCGUUACGUGACCCCGGUACCCGGGCGCGAUAAUCCAGCAGAUAACAAAGAGCUGUUCUCCCACCCGCUGCUUCCAGCGUUACCCAACUUGAACAACCUUCCCAUGAGAACCUGCCCCGUCUUUUUCAGACUGCUGUCUCCUUCAGAUCGGGAUUUGCCUUCUACAUGUGUGCUCUUUCCAGCUGGGUCCCGUUCCCUCACCCCAACAUGAUCGGCUUUGUCACAGAGGUGGUUGUUUUUAACAAACAAAAAAGUACUGGGUUUUUUCUACUUUAAAAAAAAAAUUCUCGGAACUAGGUUUGGCAGUCACCAAACAUACAUUCCCACUGGCUUAAAGCCCGAGUUCUCCUCCCAUUGUGUGCGUGUUGGGAAGAGCUGGAGCCUCUGCAGGAGGCAAAUGUGAACCCGCUGCUGUGUGUGAGCCGCCUGAGGCUGAAUGGGUGACCACCAGACCACCAAACUGUGUUAUAUGGGACCACACACAUUCUGCAAAAUUAAGCUUAUCUUAAAUAUGUAAUCAGCAUCCUAAUUCCAUGUAUGUUCUUAUACUAUGAUCUUGCUGGAGGGAUUUCUGUUAACUGUACUUGCAAUGCUUUUUCCUUAGUACUUUGGACUAAAUUCUGCCUGUGUGCCCCUCCAUCAGCGAGGUGGACCAGAAGAGCGCUAUUGUGGAGAAAAUGUCUCAUAGGUUGUAUACCUGGCCAGUCUCUGGGUGUAUUUGCAGGGAUACUGUGGAGACAGCAGAGCUGGGUGGAGAGAGACAGCACAAAUGAGACUGGUUUUAACCACGGUGAACAAAUGGCCUGUGACAGGGCUGUAGAUCAACUCCUUUAGAUGACAAAACCAGCCAAGUGUUCGGGCACAAGAGCCGCCCCACGGGAUGGACUGGAAACAAACUUCCAGAGACUAUGGACCACAAGGCAGAUCAAUUCUUCUCUUCGGGCUAGGCAAAACGAUAAGUAGCCCAGCAGCACAGCUGGGUGUUCGGGAGGACACGUCCCCUCUCCUGCCGCUGGAACCGGUACCAGUACCAGCUACAGCUCAACAUCACCCGACGCUGCCCCGGCACCGGGGGCAGGCUGCUGCUCCAUGUCCCCGCGACACUGCAGGUGUCACCUCCAUCCCAUGCGAGCUUCCCUUGAAGAACCAGAACGUCACGGACACAUGCGCCACAAGGUAUUUGCUCAGCCGCUGUCCCGGAGCAGCAGGACGUCCUCUGCGCUGUGGGUGGGAGAGGAGGACAAACCACGCUGAGGAUGAGCAAAGGAAAGGACAAGCUGCCACCAGCACUAUCUGCUCUGGCGCAGCAGCAUUAUCGUGCUUGCAGCCCACGCUGCAUCUUCCUGGAGCAGAUAAAUUAAAGAGGGGCCGCCGGGGGCACAGGCGCCUGUACCCGUCCUGGAGCUGUUCCAGCGCGUGGAGCCGAGUUGGGCAGACGGGGCUGCCAAGCGGCCAGAAAUAUCCCGUGGACAGACGGGCCGGGCCAAGGUCACCGCCGGGGUUGGAAUCGCUCCCAUCCGCCGUCAAGCAACUCGGAGCGACACCUCACAGCGCCUGGUGCCCACACCUUGGUACCUUGUGGUUUGAGACACUGCGGCUUCAGUAACUGGAAGGUUUCCUCAAGAGACCGGGAACAUACGGGGAACGCAGCAAGGGACACUGGGGGCUCCUUCUUCCCCGCAAGAAACAUCCAGCUGCCCAGUACAAAUAUAAAGUAAUGACAACAACAGAACUGGAAACAUCUUCAAAGUCAAACUGAUAUCUUGUGGAAGAUGAGGAUAAUAUUCCAGAGAAAAUAUCAAAGGCUCGAGAAGAAUAUUCCUAGGCGCUUCCUUACAGAAGGCUUUACCACCCCCUGCAGAGGCAAUCAAGACUAAUGGGGACAUUAGUACAGCAGAGGGCUACAUAUCAGCAGAGUCCCUGGAGCAAAUAACACCCAGGAACCGAAGCAUCGCUGGCACCGUGCUCCAAAAUACCCCCCUCUGUCACAGGAAUGAGUGAAAGGGUCGUAAACAGCAGAGGGAAAAUUUUUGCCUUGUGACUGCAAAUAAGCACCCAGCAGAGCUGUUAAAAGUUGGCUGCUGAAGAAAAAAUAUGAUUCUUCCAGUUUUAUGGGCUUUUUCAGAUAGCUCUUACUCCUAUACCAUAAAUCCAAUUUUCACAUAGAUUAAACGGAAAGCCACCAAAGGCUCUGCUGAAUAAUGCGCUGGAUUUCCACGCCUGUGCUGUGUGAUGUGCACCGAAUUGAUCCCCUUCCACGCUCACGUGUGGCUCUGCAGGGCAGUGCUUGCAGCAAUACUGCAUGCUCACCACCCCAGGGGCUUUACAGCGAUAGUUACUGCUCGAAGCACAAGGAAUACCUCAGAUACUGUCAUAGAUGUUCGCGUGGGGUCUGAGUUCUUGCCUAAAUGCUUGAGCCAUUUUUGCAAAUGUUUAAAUUCAGAGCGUGCCUGUGCCCCCGGCAGCAGCUCCCCCGAGGCUGCGGUGCAGCUGCUCGCCCCAGGCUGCGGUGCAGCAGCUCCCCUGAGGCUGCAGUGCAGCCCCUCGUCCCAGGCUGCGGUGCAGCGGCUCCCCCGAGGCUGCGGUGCAGCGGCUCCCCCGAGGCUGCGGUGCAGCGGCUCGCCCCAGGCUGCAGUGCAGCGGCUCACCCCAGGCUGCGGUGCAGCGGCUCACCCCAGGCUGCGGUGCAGCUGCUAGCUCCAGGCUGCGGUGCAGCGGCUCACCCCAGGCUGCGCGGUGCAGCUGCUAGCUCCAGGCUGCGGUGCAGCGCCUCGCCCCAGGCUGCGGUGCAGCAGCUCACCUGAGGCAGAGCCAGGACGUGCUGGGCACUGACGGCUGCGCUUGUGCGGAGCUGCUGCUUUGCAACAAGCGCCUUUUCCAGGUGUAGUGUUAAACACUGGUUCGCUUCUCAAAAAGCUCAGUGCCCUGAGUGCUGUCUCAAGCACUCUGAUGUUUGCUGAUAUCUCCAUAAGUGCGAAUAACAAAGCCUGAAUCUUAGUGAUUUGCAAAAAUUUAGGAAUGUUAUGAAUAAGAAGUAUGCUGUGCAGGGCAGCGUGGUGCCACAUAGAGCAUGCUGUGUGCCAUGAUUAAUGCUAAAUGAAAAGAAAUACCACGGACUCUUACAUGUCUCAAAUAAGCAACCCAAGUUAGCUGAUGCAGCAAGAGGUGCUCUGAGGCUACUGCUCGUAUAUUUAGAACAAAGAAAAAGAUCAAAACUCUCACCCAAUACAGCUCAAUGUAUGUAAGAUGAUAUGUCAUGGAUGGGGUAGCACCUCAGUCACUUGGAUAUCGACAUUUGUAUGUUUUUGUUAACUUUGUCCUUAUCUUUCAGGUCUCCGUGGGCACCUGCAGGAUGCGCAGGUUCCAGGUGGGCAGCACCGAGCGCUGGGCUGAGCCCGUCAUGGGCAGCGUCCUGCUCGGUGACAGCCCGGGGGUUCCAUCCCCUGCUGCAGCAGCACCAGCCUUGGGCUGCUUCGUCCUUCCGUUAACGAUGACCAUUUUGUACUGAUUUGUUCUUGCUGUAAUUGCUGCUCCUCCAUCAUGUUUUGCAGUGUGCAAGUGCACUAGGGAGUAUUUGCCCGCGUGUUUGAUUUGUUAUUUAAAAUGCUUUAAGAAAGGGCUUAAAAAAAGGCAUCUCCAUUUUUAGUGUUCACAUCUACUGUUGAUAUUCAUCUUCUUACGCUUGUGUGGAGAAGAGAAGCCCGGGUGUGUUAAAAUCCCUGGGUCUGGGGGUUCCUUGGACCCCGGGUGAAGGCAGCGCUCCCCAGGGCUGCCGUUCCUUUGCUCCCGACACCGUUUGCACCGGUCGGUGUCCGGGGAGCGACAGGGCUCUAACGCGCUGCAGACACGGCCGGGCUGGCUGGGGCAGCUGCCGCUGGACGCCGUGCAGAGCGGUGCGAGCAGCCCCGCUCCGUGUGCUCCGCCCGCGCUGCGUCCCGGACAGGCUGGUAAAGGAGAGUGAGCAUGGACGCUCUGGACUUGAAUCUCAUGUGGAAAUCGUUUACUAAAAAUAAACCUAUGGAGACUCCUGGAAGUGCCGCGGGGCUGUGGGCGGAGAGGCGGGCAGGGCGGUUCUGGGCUGUCAGCUCUUCUCUCACUCACUUUGGUCGAAAAAUGUAAAUUCUAAAGAUUUUCCUGAAACAGUAUUCGGCUCUACGAAUUUGAGUUCUGGAUCAGAGCAUCACAUGUAGAUGUUAUCACACUCUAAUUUCAUCUGGGUUUGUCCUUGGAAGUGAGCAACACUUUCUAAAAUGUAAAGUCACUUCAAAUUACAAAACAUUUUUCCAAAAAGCUAGAGAUGUAAGAGGCUUGUAAAAGCGAAGCCAUCGUCACACUAGUCACAGCCAGCCGAGCUGACAUUGCCCAAGAAGGACGUGUUUAUUGCAGAAGCGAGCAGUAAGCGCAGGGCUGGCACUCGCUGCCCCGCGUUUCCACUGUUCCCUGAUCCCCGAGGGAGCGUCGGCAGCGUGACCCGCGGGUGAGCAGCUGCUCUCCCAGCCCGGUUCCGCAGGAGAGUUUCCCAGGCACAAGUGCUGGUACUAACGGAGCAACCGCUGAGCUCCCCGUGUCCCCAUCCGCAGGCGCUGGACGUGCCCAUCUCUGGUGUUAUCCAGGUAACAACUGCAGCUGGAUGUUGACAGCUGGAGUCAAAUUUGUGUGGGGACACUUGCAAGGGCUGUGUUUUAUGGCGGCAGCACGGGCAAGGCACAGUGCUGCUAUAAAUGUUUUAUGCUCUCUAGAUUGCAAUUCAGUAUAGAGACUAAAAAAAGUGCAGUAGUAAAAGCUGCCGCGGUCGUGUCGCAGCUCUUGCCUGCGUCUGUGCUGCGAUUCCUUCCCUCUCCAGUCCCAGAGCCCUCGCCAGCACAUUCCUGAGCGCAUUUAACUGUGUCUGUCUGUCACCUCUCGCUAUUAGGACCUCGGCUGCUUCCCUGCUAAUUGCGCUGCCUUACAUGACAUAGGUAUCUUCAUAACUCCAGUAAAAGCUGCUGCUGAUUUUACACAGUGAUUUCCAGCCUGUUGUCAGAUGAGUUCCUGGCAGCCUGAGCACAAGGCGCUGGCGGCUGGAUUGCUUCAUGCAAGUUUAAUGAGGCACAAGGUAAGAGGAAAUACAAUGCAGAGAGGAGGUCAGCAAAAUCGCUUAAUUAAUUAAAUAAGAUAGAAUAACUGUAAUUUCGGUAAGGGAGUGUUAUCUUUCUGGAAAUGCACUGAAAUGCCAGUUCGACUGAGAAGUGACACUCAAGCUUGUAUUGAAGUGCAUCUCCAGAACAAUAAGUCUCAUGCAGGGUGCGACAGGGGACAUUUCAAAUGAGGCAGACAGUCCACACACUUUGGAUGAUGCUUGGACGUGUGAAUUACAGACGAAGUCAGGGCGUUUAUAGUAGUGAGCACUGUAGCCUUGUAUUUCUGAAUGACAGGGGAAGCAUUGCUCAAGUGUUGAGAACAAUUAAUAUUCAUAGUUCCCUGCAAGACCUUUAAUCUGUUGCCACAAAAUACACUACAAAAUGGUAAACUUAAGCUUUUGCUUUUGGAGUGAGGAAACUGAGACUGACAAAAAGGUGAAGGAUCUGUCCAACUCCUCCCCGUUCCUCUCUCCCGCCACCUCCGCACGUGGAAGCAUCCCCGAGCCCCCCCGGGCACCCCUGGAGCCGGGCUGGCCGCUCUGUCCAACCGCCCCAUGGCGCUGCUGCUCGGCGUGAGCGUUGUCCUGCGCGAGUGCUCUGCUCCGUGCUGGCUCUGCUCUUCGUGUCACUCUGGACUGGCCAUGCUGCUGUCCCCAAAGGCAGGGACGGGGCGGCUGUGAGCACUGAGUGCCCUCCAGCCCUUCUGGCUGGGUCGCUUCCCUGCGAGGGUUAAUCUGGUUUAAAACGCUGCUGUUCUCGUGAGUUACCGGCUGACUCCUGCCAGCUGAGUGGAGAAAUGAUUUAAUGUUCCAGUUUAAGCGUGGCAGAUGUGUGUGUGGGAGGGCUGCGAGGGAAAGGGGGCGUUGUUGUUGUUUUUUAGGUGACCAAAAUCUGGUCCACCAGGUUUUCUCUAACCUACUUCAGACGUCCGAAGCGGUGGAGGCUGACGCGCUGCUGUCACAGCAGGGCGGGGGUGACAGGGACGGGGCGGGUCCUGCGGCCGCGGGGCCGUGCUGGGGCACAGACACGGCCGCUGUCGGCUGCUCAGACCCUGCACAGUGUCCCUGCUCGGUCCCUGCGGAGCUGGUGGCAGCAGGACAGGCUCAAGAGCUGCCUUUGUCACCUGUCGUCCUGCUGUAAUCCCCUCUCGCCCCGAUGCCUCCCCAGGCUGCAGUGGCUUUGCACAUUAUUUGUUUGACUGUAGUGUGUCUUGCUUUAACAUUCAGUUGCAUGUUGUGAAGAUCAGAACCCUGUUUGAGCUCGGACUAAAAGGUGAAAAGCUGUAAUAAAAAAAAAAAACCUUAAGUGUUAGUAGGUUUUGUCACUUCCCACUGUAGGUACAGACAAGACUCAAUGAUGCCAGCAGGAGCACUGGGCAGGAGUUGAAGGACAGCUGAAGUUUGGGUUGGUUUUGUUUUCACCCUUUCCUUUCUGUUCUCUUUCAACAAGAACAGCCAAUUGUAAAUACUUGGGACAUAGGCUUUGGUGACCAAAAGGAUCAUUUGGCACAGGAAAGAUCCAAAGACAAUGCUUCAUGUUCAUCAAAAACCUGUGAUAAAAGAACAGUACAGUCUGUUAUUCAUAACUGAACUAUGGAGGCUCCCGCUAUCCAAAAGAGCAAUUCCAGCUCUGGAACCGUCACCAUGUGCAGCACAGCGGGGACAGAGCUGCUCAGUGGCUGCCGGCCCUGUCCCCGCUGCGGCGUCUCCCACACGUAUCGCAGCUCUGAUUUAUCAAUGAACGUAUCACACCUCUUUAUCAAUGAACGUAUCGCACCUCUGACUCAUCAAUCAGCGUAUCGCAUCUCUGCUCAAUGUGCGCCAGCCCCCCCUGCCCCAGGGUCCGUGUUUCAACCCCCCCGCACGGUGCCUGUGCCCGAGGCACAGGGGACACUGUCCCGUGCUGGGGCUGCGAUGGCAUCGUCCCGACAUCCCUCUCCUCUGGGGACGACAAGCAGCGGGGAACUCCAACUUCAAGGUGCUUCCCUUCUAGGCUUGUAAUGCUUACCCAGAAAUCUAAAUUUCACUGUUACUGGUAACAGCUUAUUAGAAAGAAGAAACCAAUGUUUGAGGAUCUCACAGUAGAAUGAAUGUGGUGUACUUCGAAUUAUUCUGCAUAGAACACGAUCUUCAAAAACAUCGCUUUCCUUUGCACUGGAAAAUUAGAGUCUCUGCUUUUGAGUUAUUGGGUAAGGAAACAAGAAGCAGCAUUUGUGUGAUGACUGAAAGAGACGGUUUUCUACAAUGUACAAACGAAAAUUCAUUGCAAAGAUAAUGCAACAACAAAGAAUGCAAAUGUGCAGACACGGGUAAGUGGCAAAUAAAUUCAGCAAAGAGAAACACUCUGUAUUUAGUGGAAAAUGACAUGGUAAGGUGUCUCUGCACACUUCAGAUGAGAACCAGUUAAUUCAUUUCAAAGCCAGUUUGUUCCUGUAUUUUGAUAACAGUACUGCCUGAGGUAGAAGGGGUGAAAAUCCUCCCGAAACCCCACUCCGUCCCCACAGAAAAUACCGGCACACGGCUGUGCAGUGGUGGCAACAGAUGGCACGAGAGAGGAACCCGGUUUGGAAACACUAGAGAAGAUGCUGAGCAUUGGUUUGGACUCAUGGUUUAAAACCCAACUUGAGGUUACAGAUCUGGAGAUCUGCAAUGGGCUCCAUCACCCUGGAGAUGCCCUGAGCAGGACGCAACCGGCUCCAUCGCACUGAAGAUGUCCUGAGCAGGACUCAACCGGCUCCAUCGCACUGGAGAUGCCCUGAGCAGGACACAACCAGCUCCAUCGCACUGGAGAUGCCCUGAGCAGGACAUAACCGGCUCCAUCGCACUGGAGAUGUCCUGAGCAGGACCCGGAGCCAGCACUGCUCACGGACGGGAGAGCAGAAAGGGGAGAGGAGGUUGUUUUUUCUCUGCCCCUUUUAACCUUCUCUCUUUUUGCAAAUGAAAAAAAGUUUUCCCAUCAGAUUCAAUUUCUACUUCAAAUAAGCAGCAUUUAUGCUUGGGAAAAACUCUUCAAACUGCCCAGAAAUUGAGCAGUAAAUCAAUGGCAGCUUCAGAGCGAGUUAGUGAUGCUGCAAAACUGAAAUGGAGCCAUGGAUUGAUGGGAAGGUUUUCAGGAUGACACACAGGUCGAACACUCACCUCUGGGUUCAGAUCUCUGGGUAUGUGUCUCCGAGGAGCUGCUCGUUCCCCAGCUGGCUCAGAGAAUGCACAACCCCUGCGGAGGCAGCUGGACGUCGUACUCCAGGACCACCCAAGCCAGGAGCUAUUUAAGCACGAUCUGGAUUUCCCAGCACCAGAUCAAUCCCACCGACGGCCCAUCCCCGGUAUGAGACAUCUGCUCACCUGCCACUUUUAGAUAGGACUAAAUCCCUGCUUUUACUUAUUCAUGAGUAAUAUCAUUAUGUAGACAUAGAACAUGCAGAAACCAGCUUCCAGGUGCUCUGAAAGCAGCUUCCAGCCCCCAGAAAACAAAAUAUUUGAGGCUGAAGCUCUACAAGGAGAUAGCGGGUUGGCAAUGGGGAGUCAGUGAAGCAUUAGGUCUGCAUUAGCAUCAGAACCGGCUGUUGGAGCAGAAGCACAGUCCCCAGGGCCGGGUACCCCGGGCAGCAGGAGCUUCGCUGGGUCUUUUUCUGGCUUUACCUUGUGGCACUUUGGGGACAAAUGAGAGGGGAGAAAUGACGAAGGGAUGUGAAUCUGGUUCUGAUGGCUGUAGCAUUCUGUGUGGGCUUCCCGGUGGAGAGAGCGCUGCAAUGUAUCUGAUGUAUUUUUAGGGUAAAAGGACCAUUGAGCAAAGAUUAACCAUUCUGGAGCACUAACACUGCAUGAAAAGGCAUCAUUAUAUUUGGCAAGUGCUGCUUUCUGUCGAGAGCAACCUGUUAUUUUACUUUAGUUAUUUAUUUUUGUUAAAUGAGCAGUACAUUUCUGUGCAGUACAUUUUUAAAGCGUUAACCCGAGGAAUGGGAUAUAAUUCAGGGGACACAGGGGCUAUUAGGUAUUUUGCCUGUCUCUUCAGUGUGUACUGCUCAUCACUCCAUCCUUUUUCAUGUUGAAGCUUCCUUGGAGCGGCUGACACCUGGUUUUGUAGGUCAGGCAGCAACAGAAGCACAGUUUCCUUUAAACACCUCUCUUAGGAGCAGGAUAUGGAAAUGAUCCAAUUAAUCAUCUCCAAUUUCUUGCAAGCACAUUAGAAUCACAGUGUCAUGCAAAGCAAAUCUUUUCCGUGGCCACACUUAAUUUUACGGAACAGUCUCGGUGCUGUCGCACCCUGGCUCUCUGGAACCCAGUGGUUCACGCUCAGGUUUCUCUUGUUCCUGGUCCCGUCACUCAGUUAAUCCGCCUUCGUUACACAGCCCUGAAAUGUCGACUUCUGCACCGGCUCAGCGCGUCUGUUCUGUGAUUAAUCUGCCUCGUGCCUGAGCUCUGAGCCCAUUUAAAAACCCUCGGCAGCCUGGGACUUCCUAGGAGGUUUUCCAUUCCCUUUUCUUAUUUACUGUAGAAAAUCGCUGAUAGAAGAGAAAAAUAAGUUCCCCUUUUGCUCAUGGAAAACACAUCAGAAACUGAAUAGAGCUUCAAGGAACAGCUGAGGUCCGUCUGGCUAAAAAGAGGAGGGCAGAAACAAAAAAGGGGAAGAUGAGAGUGAGAACAUCUGGAUUUUGGUCCCAAGCUCCCGAGCUGUGGCAUCGUUAUUGGUGAGCUGAACUCCAGCUCGGGGCGCAGAACUGCCCAGUGAUUUGGACAAGACAGAGCCUCGGCAGCGGGACGGGGGCUCGGGCAGUCCCGGCCCAAUUCACAUCCGCACUGGAAUUCCGUGUGGACACCCCGUGUGAAGGAAGGCUUCAGGUGCAGGUGAACUACAGUGCCCCACUUUUAAGCAUUGUAAAUUUUCGGGUGGGCAGAACUGAAUGGAUUGCUCUUUUCCCAAAAAGGUAAUUUCUCUAUUACAGAAGAGCAGCAUUUGUAAAGAGCUUUAACCGCGGCAGCCCCCGCGUGCAGCCUGACCAGUACCAGAGCAGCGGCUCGGGAAGGCAGCAAUAAUUCUAUACUGACACGGGACAAAAUGUAUUAUCUGCCGCAUUUUCCUCUGUGUAGGAGGGUGUUACUGCAAGGUAACCUGCUGGCAAUUCCAAAUGCUUCAAGUAGCCAAAGGCACUUGUAGAUACAGGUGUGUGUACUCCAGAGCCGCGUCCCUUCCUGAGAUCCCCUUCCUCGGUUCUGGCACCCCCCGAGCCCCGCUCCUCCUUGUGGGGUGUGGCGCACAUCUCUUCAAGGAUGCAGCUUUACCUCCCUCAGCCCGUGAUCACACCACCUUUGCUUUUACCCCAGAGUGCUGAUUAAAAGAGAAGUCCAUGCAGUCUUACAGAAAAACAUGAAAGUAAACAUGGGAGGCUUGUCACAUACCGCUUCUGUUUGUGUCACCGGGCACACCAGGCGUGACUGCUCCUGCCAGUUGGAAAUAAUUGAAACAGGUGCUGUAUUAAUAUUUAUAAGUCUUCACUAAAACUCUAUUUGAUCUGCUCGUGAGAAACGCAGCUCGUGGAGCACUUUGUGACCUGGCUCUCCAGUGCCCUCUGUUCUCCCAUGCUUCUUACACACAUUAUGCAAAUUGCUGGUGGUAUUUGAUAUUAUUUAUGACUUGUUUUUUUAUCUCAAAAUGUCCAAAGAGAGAUGUCAAUGUCCCUUUUCUCCCCAGACCUGCUCUCUAACAAGCAGGCUCAAAGCAGCUGAAAAGGAAUAACCAAAGCAGCAGGUGCACAACCGUGUAAGCGGCUGGGAGGAUGCUCGGGCUCGGUGCGAUGUCUGUGGGAUUCGGCGGUCCCGGCUCUGCCAGCGCUGGGAGGGAGGAAACGGCAUCGCCCCCGUUGUAUUUGCACCAUCUUGGCUUUUCCAUGAGCGGCAUCAGCGGAGAGCAAUUCUGAGCGAAAGCAGCUGGGGCCGGGGCUCUCCAGCAGAGCCCGUGGCGGCCGCAGCUCCCCGCUCCCCCUUGUAUUCUGCAGGUGUAGCGGCUGGUACGGACCCGCCUGUUCUUCCAGCACGUCACUACGGGGCUAUUAGCUGCCUGUGAACUGUGUAAUUGAGACAGGGCGCAUUAUGUGCACACACAAGACGUCGCCUCAUGUCGCCUCCCCCGAGCCGCUGCACGUGUCCCCGGCCGUGCCACCACGUCCCACAGCCUUGUGUGUGUCUUGGCACCGGUGUCACGCACUCUCAUUCCUGCAGCUGGCUCGAAUGGGCAUGAAGACAGGAGAAUGCUGCAAGACUCAGGAGCCAAAAGGAGCCUCUGUGAAGCCUCAGCUGACCUCUUGAGAGCCCUGGGCCAAGAUAAUUCCUGGCCAGACCCGCUGUGUAUGGAACGAUGAGCUGCAGAGCUCUGACCAGAGGGGAUCUGCUGUCCUGGAGCACCAGGUGACACCGCAGUGUGGAUACAUCUGGUGUUGGCAUUAGCAGUUGAAGUGAAAAAAAUACAAUAAGAAUGCGAAGCCUGGGGACAGAUGGGAUGAGUAUUAAGAAGCACCCACUGCAGAGGCAGAAGAGUAGCACAGAUACGUGACAGUAUCUUGUCUUGGCUACAUUUUGAGACCUUUCCCUGUUUAUGAUUUUGUGACAGUAGGACUCAAAUAUCUAAACACAGGUGUGGUUGCAGCUUGCCACAUGCAAUGAUGCCAUCUGGUCAGCCAUGUACCAGAAAACAGGGGAAAAACAACAGUGCUUGCAGAGCAGUGCUUUCCAAAUGGUUGCUCAGGCAUUUAAAUAAUUAGGUCUAUGAAUUACAGCAGGCAAUGGCUGCCAGGGUGCCCAGGAAGAGCUGGUCAAAAUACUGCUCAUGAAAACAGGAGAAAUCUAUUCUGAGUCUCCUAAAUGUAGGUAAAUUUAACCAAGGUCCCUUUGAUUCUGAAACCAUUUUAGAGAUGUAAUGAUUCAGCUAAUUGUUUUGCCUGGUUGAUAAUGCAUAAUUCAUUGUGAAUUUAAACUCCACGGAGUUCAGGCAUUUUUUGGUGGGACAUGUUUAGUUCUUUGUACACAAGGAAUCAUCAUAUGGACUUGGGAAGCCAGAGGGAAUCAACCUGCCGGAGGGUUUGCAGCGGACCCGAAGCCAGAGCACUUUUCAAACCCGUAUUGAACAGCUCGCUUUGUUCUGCUCAGAUCCAUCAUAUUUGGAAAUACAUCUUGGGGGGGUAUUUGCCCACCACGUUGUGCUGAAGGGAGCGCAGGCUGUUUGCUCCUGCAGCCUUCGCCUUGCUCCUGCUGCCAGCAGCUCAGACCUCGCACGCCAGAGCAGCCUCUGAACGCAAGUGCGCUUCUCCUGCCUCCCUGGGACGCCUGCUGGCAGCAGCACCAAGGGACGUCUCCCCUGCAUAAAACCAAGGCAGAGGUGAGAUCUGUUCUGCCGGUAACCGUGUGCCAGCCGCGGCGGCAGAUCCCGCGGCCCCCGCUGCGAGCGGAGCAGCAGCAUCUCUGCGCUGUGUGGGCAGCAAGAGCCGGGGACACAUCUCCCAGCAUGGGGAGAACAAUCCCCUUCCCAGGCAGUUUUGUAAGUGUUAGCAACCAUGGUAACUGGAACAGAAAUGUAAGCAGUGCUCCGUGCGUUCAGUUUGACACAAUUCUUUUUGCAGAACAGCCGUGUUAAAAAUACACGGGACUUGCCCCAGCUCCCUCAGGCACGGCUCGGUGCUGCCUGGAGACCUGGAGGAGCACGUUGUACCUGGGGGCCCGUGCAACGGAGAAAUCCUUAACGUUCAUGGAAUUUGCCAGUACACCAGUGCAUUUGCAUAGCUGGGUCCACUCAAGACGGCUUUCAAAAAAGCUGGAGAUGCGGCUCCAUCACCCUGCUGGCUGCUGGACACCCGACCAGGAUGGGCUGUGGGGUUUCCUCAGGGCUGCCCGGUACCCAGCCCUCAGCUGGUGACAGCACAGCCCCGCACCGGGACUCGUCCUGCCCGCACAGCUUUGCAAAUGACCUUGACCCAGGCGCUGUUGGUGCUGCUGUCUGUUGGUCCCCCUGUCUGUCUGCGCCCCAGCCGUCCCGCUCUGCCACCCCAGCAGCAGAGGGUGGCUCUGCCACCGCUCCGCGGGAGGUGCUCGUGAUGAACCGCGUGUGCUCCAUGAACGUGUGGCCAGAGUAACUCCUGAGGUGGUGUCACUUUCUGGACACCUCGAUGACAUCCUAUGCCAUGCCCCCCUCCUCCAGCCAGACUCCUUUUUUUGGUCUUUUCUUUUAAUUUCUAUCACUUGGAGAGUUUGCGCUGCACAGUUUGUGCUUUUCUUGCUUUGGGAAUAAAUAGAUGACAGUUGUCAAUCUAGGGCAUCUCACCAACAUUGAAUGCAAUGGCUUUUUUCCUUCAAAGACACUUUGGGGAUUUUAAAUGAUGAUUUUUGAGUGCUAACAGAAAUCAUGUAGCUGGGUAGCUCCAUUAAAGGCUUUGCAAGUAUUCUUCUACAAUAA